GUCCGGGCAUGCGCGCUCUUCAGGGUGGCACUCUCUUUCUGCGUGCUCUGCCAGCCAAUCACAUUUCAGAUAAACACAAUAUUGCGUCAUUGUUAUUGUAGCACUUCGGUGUUCCAGCUGCUUGCUUAGGUUAUUUCGACAUCAUUUCGCGUACACGUAUGCAUUUAAAACUAACGACUGGACCUUCGAGAUCACACCAGUGAAAUGUCGCAGAAAAAGGAGAUUUCAUCGGACGACAGUUUGCAAGGUUCCUGGAUUGAACUUCAUUUCAGUGGCAAUGGCUCUCAGAACACUAGUCAUCAUGGAAGCCAGGAACAAAUCCCCAUGGCCAUCCAGGAAUGUGACAUGGAGAAAAUGCUGUUAGAUGCACAGCACGAGUCAGGCAAAAACAGCUCCAGAGGAAGUUCUCAAUGCAACAGCCCUCUUAGAGCACUAACCCCCCUUCUUCUGUGUAGAGGAUCCGAGACAAACAGCUCACAGUCGGAUGAAGACUUUCAGGAAAGAAGACGGGAAGUGGAGAACAUUAUGAAGAAAAAUGCUGACUGGAUCUGGGACUGGUCCAGUCGACCUGAGAACAAUCCACCAAAGGAGUUCCUGCUGAAGUACCCUAAGCGCACGACCACUCUCAGCAUCAGGAACACCAGCGUCAUGAAGAAGGGAGGCGUUCUCUCUGCUGACUUUCUGAAGCUUUUCCUUCCUUCAUUAAUCAUUUCUCACAUACUGGCUGUUGGCCUAGGGAUAUACAUUGGGAAGCGUCUGACCUCACACAGCACCUACUAAAUAGGACGGUGGUCUGUUGCGACACCAUUUCACCUUCAUGUGACCAUCUCGGCAUGCCUUAAAAUGGGACCUACUGAUGAUCAAUGAAAUGUGACCAUGUGACACGGUCACAUUUCAUUGAGGGGCCCCUCUUAGCUCACACCUGUGUUGGAGUCAAGGAUCUGUCAUUGCUGUCUCAUGGUGUUUCCUCCUGAACAUACAGUGACCUAUCCUCUGCUCCUUGCUGUAGUCCUAGUCCUGGCCUGGAGAUGACCAUUGUGCUGCUUCCUGCUCCUUAAAUCUGCAGGUUAGGGAACUAUAUAAUGUACACCAUUGGCUUUUUCAUUUUGCAAUGAGAAAUCACUUUGCUUUGAAAGGAUACACUAUGCGCGUUUUGAAGAUCAGCUUUGGAGAAAGGAAAUUGUUUUGACAUGUCACUUUUCUUUCUUUCUUCUUAUGGAUCAUUGGCCUCUUGGUAACGUGACUGCAUCUAUUGUUGCUUGCUCAAUCAUGUAAAUUGUGAUUAUAAGAAAGUAUUAUAGACUGAUAUGGUCCAUGAUAUUGAUCAUACUACAAAAUAAAUGUUGGAAAUACA